CGGCGGAAAAAGAAGCUGGUUCCGAGUCCUGGCCGACUGUAGUCACCCAGCGAGAGCCGGUGGUGAUGGGAAGUUUGAUCUGAGAAGGCUCCCUUCUUCUACAAUGGAUGAUGGCAUUUGAACAGAUACCAAAAAAGGAUUGGUAUAGCAUUCUGGGGGCCGACCCCUCUGAAAAUGUGUCAGACCUAAAACAAAAGUAUCAAAAACUCAUAUUAAAGUAUCAUCCAGAUAAACAAAAUACAGAUGUUCCAGCAGGAACAGUGGAGGAAUGUUUACAGAAGUUCAUCGAAAUUGAUCAGGCGUGGAAAAUCCUAGGGAAUGAAGAGACAAAAAAAGAGUAUGACCUGCAGCGGCAUGAAGAUGACCUAAGAAAUGUGGGACCAGUAGAUGCCCAAGUAUAUCUUGAAGAAAUGUCUUGGAAUGAAGACGAUCAUUCUUUUUCUUGGAGUUGCCGAUGUGGUGGAAAAUACAUUAUUUCCAAAGAGGAAGCUGAACAAGCUAACCUGAUUUCUUGUGAUACAUGUUCACUAAUUAUAGAACUCCUUCAUUAGAGCUAAAAUUGUUUACCAUUUGGAAUUCUUUAAUUGUAUAUUCUGAAACGAUGAGAGGCUAUUUGAGCGUGGUUCAUUCAAGGAAAUGGAUUCUUUUGUUGUCAGACCUAUUAUUUGCAAAGACAAUAUAAUAUUGUCAAGAAAAGGGCAACUUAGAUAAAUAAAAAAUUAACUUACUAAUUUGUAUGUAUUUAUAAUUUAUAUAUACAGGUUGUCACAGACAGGACUUGAAUUAUAUUUUAUGAAUUCCUAUCUGAGAACUUUAUUAUUUUGUUUACUCCUUUGUGUCAAAUAAGAAUUUUCUUUCCCCUAGUAUGUCUCCUCUUUUCAGUAUUGUAUUCUUUUGUAAUUACUAAGUUUCUAACCUAAGAACUGCUAAAACUAUGUAGGCCUGUUGUAUACCUAUCUCAAAGUCUACGGUCAUUACACCCAAACUAGAAUCUGAGUAACAUAUGAGAUUUCUCCAAUAAUGAAAGCUAGAUGUAGAUAUCUAUGAAGGUAUUUCAAGGUCAAUAAAGAAGGCAAAAUGUUAGCCGGUGCCGCGGCUCACUAGGCUAAUCCUCCGCCUUGCGGCGCCAGCACACCGGGUUCUAGUCCUGGUCGGGGCACCGAUCCUGUCCCGGUUGCCCCUCUUCCAGGCCAGCUCUCUGCUGUGGCCCGGGAGUGCAGUGGAGGAUGGCCCAAGUGCUUGGGCCCUGCACCCCAUGGGAGACCAGGAGAAGCACCUGGCUCCUGCCAUCGGAUCAGCGCGGUACGCCGGCCGCAGCGCGCUACCGCGGCGGCCAUUGGUGGGUGAACCAACGGCAAAAGGAAGACCUUUCUCUCUGUCUCUCUCUCUCACUGUCCACUCUGCCUGUCAAAAAAAAAAAAAAAAAAAAAAAAAAGGCGGCAAAAUGUCAACUGUAGAACUGAAAAAUAGCUAUGGGGGCAGAAGACUGACUCCAAUCAUGACCCUUUAUUUCCAAAGCCUGUGAACACUGCCAUUUUGAAUUUUAAAAGUAAUUUAGGAAAAGAAAGCUAUAAAAGCAAAUCUGAAACAGGUAUAUUACUUUCCUCUUAGAAUUUCAGAGUAUUAAGAAAUAUUUAUAAAUAAAUAACCAGUGCAUUGGUAGUAUAAUGAAACAUACUUUUAUAUUAUUAUUGAAAAUAGCAGAUGUAAAGGUCAUACCCCUUACAGAUUUCUUUUUCUAUGUAUUUAAUAUUCUGUGGAUAGUGUAAGUCAGAACUCAUUUAAAGAAUUUAUGGGGCCAGCGCCGUGGCUUAACAGGCUAAUCCUCCACCUUGCGGUGCCAGCACACCAGGUUCUAGUCCCGGUUGGGGCGCUGGAUUCUAUCCCGGUUGCCCCUCUUCCAGGCCAGCUUUCUGCUAUGGCCCAGGAAGGCAGUGGAGGAUGGCCCAAGUCCUUGGGCCCUUCACCCACAAGGGAGACACCAGGAGAAGCACCUGGCUCCUGGCUUCGGAUCAGCGUGGUGCACCGGCCACAGCGGCCAUUGGAGGGUGAACCAACGGCAAAAGGAAGACCUUUCUCUCUGUCUCUCUCUCUCACUGUCCACUCUGCCUGUCAAAAAAAAAACAAAAAAACAAAAAAACAAAACUUUAUGGGAUCACUGAAACAUUCAUACUCCAGAUGAGUGGGCCAGGCAUGUCACAUGACAGAUGAUUGUAAGAGUCACUACUCUGCUAAAAGAGUAGCUGAAGUAUGAAACAUGUCCAAGCAGAGCAGAGCCGAUUACUUGCAUCGUAGCUGUAAAACUGACGGUUCCAAGGUGAGGUAUUCAUCCAGGUUUUCCCUUCAGAAUAUUUUUAUAUCUCUCAACAUUUAGAUAACUUUAGAUU